AUGCUCCAUCAACUUUCUGGAAGUAUAUUAAACCAAUUUUUUGGGCCGUCAAAUUUGCGCAAGUGUACACCAGAAGCCUAUAGAAAACUCCGGGAAAUAGUUUGCAAAUUUGAACAGGCUGCGAUACUUGGCAAUGAUAUUCAAUUGACACAGAAGGAGAUCAAAGUGAAUGAUGUGAUCAUGUGCCUAAAGAUGGAUGAAUAUAAUAGGGGAGUAAAGGAUCCAAAUCAAUUUGUGCCGGGCUAUCAUAUUUUUGAGAGACUGCACGACAUUGAGAAGUCGCCUCUGUUUCAAUUACUCCGAAGGAUGCCGAAAGGAGGUGCCCUUAAAGCACAUGAUAGUUCCAUGUGUAGUACUCAAUUUCUUAUUGAUCUGACCUACAAAAAGCAACUCUGGGCCUGCAGCAUCGAAGAUGGCUGUAAAAUAGUACAGUUUCGAUUCUCCAAGGAUAAACCAAAAAUAAUGCAACAUAAAGGCGGCAAUUGGGAGACUAUGGAUGAGUUUCGUGAUCGACUGGGCGAGGAGAAUGUGCGAAAGUAUCUAAAGUCACUGUUUAGUAUGUAUCCAUUAUCGAACUUAAAAUCGAAUGACUUGGCGUGGAAGCAUAUGAUGAGCAUAUUUAAUCUGAUCAAUGGUAUAGUUUUGUACUAUCCCAUUUGGGGAGAAUAUUAUUACAAUGCCCUCGAGGAGUUCAGCGAGGAUGGAGUGCAGUAUGUUGAGGUUCGUUCACUUCUGAAGCGUCUCUACUGCCUGGAUGGCAAAAAGCUACCCGUUAAAGAAACCCUAGAGGUUUACAACAAUGAGCUGGAAAGGUUUAAGCAUGAUCAUCCAGAUUUUAUAGACUCCAAACUGAUUUAUGCGCCACACCGACAAACGACAGUCCAAAAAAUGGGCGAACAUGUGAAACUUUGCACUGAAUUAAAUAAGGAGUUUCCCAAUUUACUGAUCGGUUUCGAUCUUGUUGGCCAAGAGGAAUUGGGUCAUCCAUUGAGCAUGUUUGUCAAGCAACUCUUAAAAAUGCCAGCACACAUUCAAUUCUAUUUUCAUGCGGGGCAAACAAACUGGUAUGGAUCGCCUCUGGAUGAGAAUCUUAUAGAUGCCAUUCUGCUAGGUACUAAGCGUAUUGGCCACGCCUAUGCUAUAACGAAACAUCCACUGGUUAUGGAAUUGGCCAAGAAAUUUGGUGUUGCCAUUGAGGUUUGCCCCGUUUGCAACCAAGUGUUGCAACUUGGCGCUGACUAUCGCAAUCAUCCAGCUGCCUCUUUGAUUGCCAAUGAUAUACCCAUUGUUCUCUCCUCGGGUAAUCCCUCAUUUUGGCGUACAAAACCUCUGUCCCAUGAUUUCUAUAUGGCAUUUCUAGGCAUUGCGCCCAGGAAUGCCGACUUGAAGUUUCUCAAACGUAUAGCCAAAAACUCAAUCAAACAUAGCGCACUUUCUGAUGAAGAGAAAGCCAAUGCCAUGCAAAAGUGGAAAGUUAAAUGGGAGAAAUGGGUCGAUUGGACUAUAGAAAAUGCUGAUGAAAUGCUAGCAGAAGAACUAAACAAGCAAUAA